CCCACAUCUACUCUCAGGACUUCCACCCUUCGCAAUGGAACGCCCCUUCAGCCCCAAACGCCGGAAACUCGACGGAGGCUUUCGAUCUACGCCCCCAGACUCCGGCGACGACUUGGGACCCUCGCUCAAGCCCCAGUCCUCUUCCAAGGCGCGCUUCCAAAGAUCAAACGAUCGUAAUCACAGUCGUGCUCCACGAUCAAAACCGCACCAGGAAGAGUUCGACGGGCCAGAACCGUUCUUUCAAGAUGAAGAUACUACGGCCAUGGAUCGAGACUGGUACGCUGGCGACGAAUUCGGCCAUACAUUUGGAGACGAAAGUCACAAUCCAUUUGGUGGCGCUGAUGUAUCAUGGGCGGACAAACAACGAGAGCAGGCUCUCGCUGAUAAGAAGCUUGGGAAACGCAUCACUGCCAAAGCAGCUCAGAAACAGAAAGAGGUGGACGCCUGGGAAGCGAACCGCAUGAUCACAUCUGGUGUAGCACAACGCCGCGAUACUGGGAAUGACUUUGACGAUGAAGAGUCUGUCCGGGUACAUCUCCUGGUACAUGACCUCAAACCUCCCUUUCUAGACGGCAAAACAAUCUUCACAAAACAACUCGAACCUGUACCUGCAGUCCGCGAUUCUCAAAGUGAUAUGGCAGUGUUUGCGCGCAAAGGCAGUAAGGUCGUCCGAGAGAAACGGCAACAGAAAGAAAGACAGAAACAAGCACAAGAAGCCACCAAUGUUGCGGGUACCGCUCUGGGAAACAUCAUGGGAGUUCAGGAGGAUGAAGGCGACAGUGCAGCCGCUGUGCCUGGGGAGGACACCGGAAAGAGUAAAUUUGCAACACAUCUCAAGAAGAACACCGGCGGCUCGGCAUUCAGCAAAAGCAAGACUCUAAAAGAGCAAAGGGAAUACCUGCCUGCCUUUGCGGUUAGGGAGGAACUCAUGCGUGUGAUACGAGACAACCAGGUCAUCAUCGUUGUUGGGCAGACUGGAUCAGGCAAGACUACACAGCUCACCCAGUUUUUGUAUGAGGAAGGAUAUGGUCAACACGGGCUGAUAGGAUGUACCCAACCCCGAAGAGUGGCUGCGAUGAGUGUGGCGAAACGAGUCAGCGAGGAGAUGGAUGUCGAGCUGGGCGGACUAGUGGGGUAUGCUAUCCGAUUCGAAGACUGUACGAGCGACGAGACUGUUAUCAAAUACAUGACAGAUGGUGUCCUGCUCAGAGAGUCUCUGACACAGCGAGAUUUAGACAAGUACUCAUGCAUUAUUAUGGAUGAAGCUCAUGAACGGGCUCUCAAUACUGAUGUGCUUAUGGGUCUGAUCAAGAAAGUGCUUGCGCGCCGCCGAGAUCUUAAAUUGAUUGUCACUUCUGCCACUAUGAACUCUGAGCGAUUCUCCAGGUUCUAUGGAGGUGCACCGGAAUUCAUCAUCCCUGGCCGGACGUUCCCCGUUGAUAUACAGUAUUCACGUUCGCCAUGCGAAGACUACGUCGACAGUGCUGUCAAGCAAGUUCUUGCUAUCCAUGUCUCACAAGGAGCCGGUGACAUACUUGUCUUCAUGACGGGACAAGAAGAUAUUGAGGUCACGUGCGAACUGAUCGAAGAAAGACUGCAUCAGUUGGUCAACCCACCCAAAUUGAUGGUCUUGCCAAUCUACUCUCAGAUGCCUGCAGAUCUUCAGGCCAAAAUUUUUGAUCCUGCGCCUCCCGGAGUUCGCAAGGUCAUCGUUGCCACCAAUAUUGCCGAAACUUCACUCACCGUCGAUGGCAUCAUGUACGUUGUAGACGCUGGUUAUUCGAAGCUGAAAGUGUACAACCCUCGAAUGGGUAUGGAUACUCUGCAGAUCACGCCCAUCUCCCAAGCAAAUGCCUCACAAAGAGCCGGUCGAGCAGGGCGUACGGGUCCUGGCAAGGCCUUCCAUCUGUAUACUGAACAGGCCUUCAAAAACGAAUUUUACAUCCAAACCAUCCCCGAGAUUCAACGGACCAAUCUUGCCAACACUGUACUACUUCUCAAGUCCCUCGGUGUUAAAGACCUGCUGGACUUCGACUUCAUGGACCCUCCUCCACAAGAUACUAUUACGACUUCAUUGUUCGACCUUUGGGCCUUGGGAGCCCUCGACCAUAUUGGUGAUCUCACCGCUAUCGGUCGGACGAUGACGGCCUUCCCGAUGGAUCCAUCGCUUGCAAAAAUGCUCAUCACCGCUUCCACCGAGUACGAAUGUAGCGAAGAAAUGCUGACAAUCGUCAGCAUGCUUUCUGUCCCAUCGGUGUUUUACAGGCCAAAAGAGAGGCAAGAAGAAUCCGAUGCAGCACGAGAAAAGUUUUUUGUCCAUGAAUCAGAUCAUCUCACGCUUCUUCAUGUCUACACGCAGUGGAAAAGCAACGGCUACAGCGAUGGAUGGUGUAUCAGACACUUCCUGCACCCUAAAGCGCUGCGAAGGGCAAAGGAAAUCCGCGAACAAUUGCAUGACAUUAUGGUUGGACAGCAGAAGAUGGAACUCGUAUCCUGUGGGACAGACUGGGAUGUCAUUCGCAAAUGCAUUUGCUCGGGUUACUACCAUCAAGCUGCGCGCCGUCGUGGUGUCGGCGAAUACAUCAACCUUCGAACGAGUGUGACGGUCCAACUGCAUCCUACUUCCGCCUUGUAUGGCCUCGGAGAUCCACCCGACUAUGUCGUCUACCAUGAGCUUAUAUUGACCAGCAAGGAAUACAUGAGCUGCGUCACUGCUGUCGAUCCGCACUGGUUGGCCGAUCUUGGUGGGGUCUUCUACAGCUUGAAGUCGAAAGAGUACAGCGCAAAGGACAGGCGCAUUAUUGAGAGCGAAUUCAAUCGUAAAAUGGAGAUUGAACGGCAAAUGAUGGAAGACAGGAUCAAGGAAGAGCAACGACGUCAUGAGGAGGAUGAAAAAGAAAAGAUCCUUGCUGGUCGAGUCAAGGGCAGUGGAGUGGUGGUUAAGAAAAUGGGCAGUCAAGGAGUGGUCAAGAAGCCUGUAGUUCCCAGAAGACGGAUGGGGUUUUAGGGUCAAGGCAUUGUGAGCCUCCAUCAGCAAGGUUACAUGACUGCAUAUAGUCUCACCACCCAAUAGAAUUGGG